UCUAAAGCUAUAAUAUAUAAACACAGUGAGUAUCUAAAUCUAAAGCUAUAAUAUAUAAACACAGUGAAGUGACACUAGAUGCAGAAGAGUUUUGUGGGUUUGUACUGAAGGUUUAAUGUACACAGGUUGUUUUAGGACUUGAUACCGUGACUAUUUCCUGUAAGUGAACUCUGUGCUGAUACAGGGUUUGAUUUAACACACCGAUGUUGGAGUGAAGUAAACGUGUGUCCUGCUGUAAUCUGGAGAAGGAGACAUGACCUCCAACAUGAGUGUGUCUGGAAAACAGGACUUAAAGAAAGACGAGAGAAGGAUGAAGAGAAAGAGAUCAGACUCACCAGAACCCAGCUGUGUGUCCAUGAAGAGUGACGCGUCAAUGAAAGAUCCACUAUACUUCAGAGACAGAGACAGAGACAGUUCUACUGAUGUGAGACCAAAAAAGAGGAAAUCAAACAUCAGCAGAAAUCAGGUGGAGUCCAUAUUCAAGGAGCUGGAACACAAAGUCAUCACUCUGAUAAAGAAUGAGCUGAAGAGGUUUAGGAAAGUCCUGAGUCCAGAUUACCCAGCAUGCACUGAGAGGGAGGUGGAGGAUGAGGAGGAUCUGCACAGUGUCAGAGAGGGAGCGCUGAAGAUCACACUGCACGUCCUGAAGAACAUGAACCACACAGAUCUCGCUAAUACACUGCACACCAAACUCGCCUCUGUGUAUCAGGCAAAGUUGAAAUCCAACCUGAGAGAGAAGUGUAAAAGAAUUAAUGAAGGAAUCUCACAGCAUGGAAGCUCAGCACUUCUGAAUGAGAUCUACACAGAGCUCUACAUAACAAAGGGUUGGAGUGGAGAAGUCAACAAUGAACAUGAGGUGAGACGGAUUGAGACAGCGUCCAGGAGACCAGCAACACAGGAGACACCCAUCAAAUGUAAUGACCUCAUUAAAGACAAGUCCAUCAGAACUGUGCUGACUAAAGGAGUUGCUGGAAUUGGAAAAACAGUCUCUGUGCAGAAGUUCAUUCUGGACUGGGCUGAAGGAAAAGCAAAUCAGGACGUCUUCUUCAUGUUUCCAUUUCCCUUUAGAGAGCUAAAUUUGAUGAAGCAGCAAAAUCUCAGUCUGAUGAAUCUUCUUCAUCACUUUUUCCCAGAAAUGAGAAAACUGCAAUUAAUAGACUCCUACAAAGUGGUGUUGAUCUUUGAUGGUCUGGAUGAGUGUCGACUUCCUCUAAAUUUCCAGAGCAAUGAAAGAUUGUGUGAUGUGACAGAGUCAGCCUCAGUGGAUGUGCUGCUGACAAACCUCAUCAAGGGGAAUCUGCUUCCCUCUGCUCUCCUCUGGAUAACCUCUCGACCAGGAGCAGCCAAUCAGAUCCCUCCUGAGUGUGUAGACCAGGUAACAGAGGUACGAGGGUUCAGUGAUCCUCAGAAAGAGGAGUACUUCAGUAAGAGGAUCAAUGAUCAGAGCCUGGCCAAUAAAAUCAUCACACACAUGAAGUCUUCAAGAAGCCUCUACAUCAUGUGCCACAUCCCAGUCUUCUGCUGGAUUUCAGCCACUGUUCUAGAGAGAAUGUUGGGUGAAGCAGAGAGUGGAGAGAUCCCCAAGACUCUGACUCAAAUGUUCACACACUUCCUUAUCUUCCAGAUCAAACACAAGGAGCAAAAGUACCAUCAGAAAUGUGACCCUGAUCCUCAGCAGACCAGAGAGAGUAUCCUGGCACUGGGAAAACUGGCUUUCCACCAGCUGGAGAAAGGAAACUUGAUCUUCUAUGAGGAAGACCUGAGAGAGUGUGGCAUUGAUGUCAGAGAAGUGUCAGUGUACUCAGGAGUGUGUACCCAAAUCUUCAGAGAGGAGUUUGGGCUUCACCUGGGGAAGGUGUUCAGCUUUGUACAUCUGAGUGUUCAGGAGUUUCUGGCUGCUUUAUAUGCAUUUCUCUCCUUCAUCAGCAGAAAUGUAACAGAACAACAAAUCACUGAUCUGUCUGAUCUUUUCAGAAAGUCAAACAUGUCUGAUUUCCUCAGGAGUGCAGUGGACAAGGCCUUACAGAGUGAGAAUGGACACCUGGACCUGUUCCUCCGCUUCCUUCUGGGUCUCUCCCUGGAGUCCAAUCAGACUCUCUUACAAGGUUUAAUGCCACAGACAAGAAGCAGCUCUGAUAGCAACCAGGAAACAGUCAAGUACAUCAAGGAGAAGAUCAGGAAGAAUCCAUCUCCAGAGAAAUCCAUCAAUCUGUUCCACUGUCUGAAUGAACUGAAUGAUCAUUCUCUAGUGCAGGAAAUACAAACUUACCUGAACAGAGGAGGUUACAAUUGUUUCCGUGGAACCAGUCUCUCUCCUGCUCAGUGGUCAGCUCUGGUGUUUGUGUUACUGACCUCAGAACAACAGCUGGAGGAGUUUGAUUUGAGAAAAUAUGACCCAUCAGAGGAAUGUCUUCUGAGGCUGCUGCCAGUGGUCAAAGCCUCCAGAAAAAGAAUCAGGCCUACCCGGAUCGUGUUGAGGGGGAUAGAAGAAGAAGAAGAAGAAGAAGACAGAAUGUCCGACCAUCCUUCAUCUCCGGAGGAGAGUUACGCCGUUCCUUUGCCGCCGACCCCUCCCCCGACCCCUGAGUUCUCGCAACAGCUUUCACUCCCUCGCUCCGAGGAACCUGUCGUCUCAGGUCGCGAGGAGACCGUCGUCUCGGAGCACACUGGCGAGGAUCCUGUGGGGAUGGACGUUCAGGACAUAUAUGGAGAGCUACGGAUUUUACGAGACGACUUGGUGAAAAGCUACAAUAACAGUUAUCACAGCAGCAUUAAAAUGGCGCCGGCUCAGGUGACCUUGGAGAACUUCGAUCGAGUGUUUCAGAACCUGUAUGGUAAGCCGCCAGUCCGGAAGGCUAGAUUGAAGAUGGGUUUUGAGACGGGGGAUCUCGUCAGGAUAUCGAAAUUAAGAGGGGUGUUUGAUAAAAAAUACGAACAGAGUUUUACAGACAAGCUUUUUUCGGUGGCCGAACGCCUCCCUCGCGACCCUCCGGUGUACAGACUGAAAGAUUACAACGGAGAACCGGUCCGAAGCACCUUCUACGAGGCCGAGUUGCAAAAAGUAAAAACGGACGGGGGCAAAGUCUACCACGUGGAGGAGAUUCUGAAGAGGCGUACGUUGAUAGGCGACGCUUAUGCCCCGCUGAUGAGGGUGGUCGACGUGCGCGGCGUGUAUGGGGACGUAGUAACCUUACGCUUCGAUCUGCCGUAUUAUUUACCCGUGAGCGAGUGGCACAUCGAGAACAUAAAGGUCGAGAUAAAAACGGAUCAGAACCAAGAGAAUUCACUUACGGGAAGGCCAGAGAGGACGAAGUUACGUUCGAGGGCGUCGGAGAACGAAUUAAAAAAUAAAAUGGCUCGGGUACUAGCAAUGGAAGACCCUCACAGAUUCGUCCGUUACUACGAAAAUCAGGCCGGAGGCGAUUUAGGAGGAUUUUACGGAGCCCCUGUAAUGUAUGGCCGCGGGUUUGACAUUGCCAAAUCCCAUCUUAAAAUGUCCGCCACCCGUAUCGCUACGGAUGCGGUCGGUAGAGUCGUGGGGAAAAUGUCGAGCUUCGACGAUCGGAAAAAACAAGAGGGGUCAGGGGGCAUCGUGGUUUUGUCGCGAAGGAAAUCCCUCGAGUGCACGCUGCGCGAGCUGGAUCUAUUUUCUGCACCUAUGACACAGCUUUCGAUCAAAGAUAUAAUAUACACCGAAAUCUCCCUCGUGUCUGCCAUCACGGACACGGGGCCCAUCGAGUUUUUCAUCCCCGGAGAUGGGGAAAAGUAUCUCAAUCUGAAUGACACCAUGCUGCAUACCAAUGCCGAUAGUACGGACCUGGCCGACGAGGCCGCGGUAGGGCUCAUCAAUUACCCUCUGAAUACGAUAUUCAGUCAAUGCGACGUCAUUCUGGGGGAUCGUCUAAUCUCGCAAUCAAGCGCCACACAUCCCUACCGUGCCAUGAUCGAGACUCUGCUCAACUUUUCACCGGAUACCCUCAGGAGUCAAUUCACCGCCGGUCUUUUUUACAAAGACACUGCAGGAGCCAUGGACUCUGUAGCGGUCGCCAACGGUCCUAACAGAGGAUUAAACAAGAGAGCCGAAUUCAGCGCUAAUUCUAGAGAAGUGCACCUGCUCGGCCCUCUCCACGGGGACAUAUUUUUCUGCGAGAGACUUUUGCUGAACUCAGUCAACAUGACGAUCAAACUGACACGCGCCGGCGACGCUUUCUGUCUCGUGGGAGUGCGCGACUCGGGAUUCCGACUGAACGUGCUGGGAGCGUCUCUCUUUGUGAAAAAAGUGACCAUAGCCCAUGCCGUGCGGUUAGGGCACGCGGCGGCCCUGAUGAAAGCCAACGCGCUAUAUCCCCUCUCACGCGUCAUCUUUCAUUAUUUCUCUUCCAGGCUGUGUGAGUGUAAUCUGACAGAGGAAAGCUGUAGAGUUCUGUCCUCAGUUCUCAGCUCAAACUCCUCCCAUCUGAGAGAACUGGACCUGAGUAGAAAUAAACUGCAGAAUUCAGGAGUGAAGCUGCUCUCUGCUGGACUGGAGAAUCCACACUGUACACUGGAGAAACUGGGGCUGCGUGAGUGUAAUCUGACAGAGGAAAGCUGUAGAGUUCUCUCCUCAGUUCUCAGCUCAAACUCCUCCAGUCUGAGAGAACUGGACCUGAGUUACAACAAACUGCAGGAUUCAGGAGUGAAGCUGCUCUCUGCUGAACUGGAGAAUCCACACUGUGCACUGGAGAUACUGAGGCUGCGUGAGUGUAAUCUGACAGAGGAAAGCUGUAGAGUUCUGUCCUCAGUUCUCAGCUCAAACUCCUCCAGUCUGAGAGAACUAGACCUGAGUAGAAAUAAACUGCAGGAUUCAGGAGUGAAGCUGCUCUCUGCUGGACUGGAGAAUCCACACUGUACACUGGAGAAACUGGAGCUGCGUGAGUGUAAUCUGACAGAGGAAAGCUGUAGAGUUCUGUCCUCAGUUCUCAGCUCAAACUCCUCCAGUCUGAGAGAACUGGACCUGAGUAACAAUAAACUGCAGGAUUCAGGAGUGAAGCUGCUCUCUGCUGGACUGGAGAAUCCACACUGUACACUGGAGAUACUGAGGCUGUGGAAGUGUAAUCUGACAGAGGAAAGCUGUAGAGUUCUGUCCUCAGUUCUCAGCUCAAACUCCUCCAGUCUGAGAGAACUGGACCUGAGUCACAAUAAACUGCAGGAUUCAGGAGUGAAGCUUCUCUCUGCUGGACUGGAGAAUCCACACUGUACACUGGAGACACUGAGGAUGUGGGGCUGCAGUAUUACAGAUGAAGGUUGUGCUGCUCUGGCUUCAGCUCUGAGAUCAAACUCCUCAUCACACCUGAAAGAACUGAAUCUGAAAUAUAAUAAUCCAGGAGAAUCAGGAGUGAAGCUGCUCUCUGAUCUACUGAAGGAUCCACACUGUAAACUGGAGACACUACAGUGAGUUACUGACUUACUGCCU